AUGAAUAGAGGCCGUGGUUGCCUGGCAUGCAAAGCUGCAAACGCCAAGUGCGAUCUCAACCGUCCCACCUGCGGACGCUGUACUCAGGAGGGACUCAUUUGCUCUGGCCUUCCGCUAGAUGCUGUAUUCGUAUUUCGCGAUGAGAAUGAGGUGGCGAGGAGAAACUCUCAGCGUGCGAGGAGGCAACUGGGAGAGGGUUUCAUUCCACAAUGGGACACUUCAAAUUCUUCAAAUUCUGUCUCCCAGGGCUGGCCACACCAAGCGGCUGCUGUAACGAUCGGUUCAUCGCGUCUACAACAACAAUAUUCGUGGCUUAGCGAUCAUGCACUUGCAACAGUACCGGAGCCGUUAAGAAGGGAUGUUGAGACAAGAGCCGUAGAGCGAUUUUUUGUUAACUGGACGCUACAUCCCAGUAACCACGGAGGAUCGCCAGGCUAUAUGCAUGAGCUUCCUAUGCUUUUUCUAAGUGCACAGCAAGAUUCAGUCCUUUGGCUUGCGGUCCGCGCUGUGGCUUUUGCAGAUAUUAGAAACGAGAAUACUGGAAACAUCUCGUUUCACACCAAGUCACGACAACACUACGGUGCUGCGUUGAAUCGCAUGAGAACAGUAAUCAACGACCAGCAAAAUCUUGGGGACGACAGGAUUCUUUUUUCGAUGCUGUUAAUUGAUAACUUUGAGUUGAUGUAUCUAGGUCGAAAUGAUCCUUUCAGUCCACAUGGCGAAGCCAUUAAACAUAUCUUGCGCUCUAGGGAUGAUGGACAGCUGUAUAGCCCGAGCCGCUUUUCGCUUUGGCGUUUGACUCAUUAUCGACUCCAAUUUUGGCAAACCUUGUUUUUUGAACACCCUGAUGCUCAGCAAAUUGCAUGGGUGAGCAAAUUGAAUAUGGAGCAGCCAGACUUGCGCAUCUGCUCGUAUGUUUUACAUAUGAAUAUUCUUACUGCGCUGUCAAAAUCUCUCACGCAUACGAAUGAGGAUGACGAGACGACACGACGGGAAAAGCUAGGCCGAAUAACCCAAUUGGCCAAGGAGAUGCAAGAACUCAUUUCGGCCAUCGAGCAAUGGAUGUCGGAAAUGUCCGAACCGUGGAGAGCGAAAAAACAGGAUUCCCAAAAUAUUGUAGUUUUUGGGGAUGUUGAUGAAGUUCAUAGCUAUCCAAUCCCGCGCCUACAAUACUCGCAGAUUCUUAGCUACGACGAUAUCUGGCUGGCUUAUAUCUGGAAUUUCCAUGCUUCCAGUCAAAUUGUAUUGCGAGAGUCAUUGGUGGAAACCAUUGAGAGUGCCUCUGUACUACAAGGCAAAGAUGAGCUGGAUGAAGUUGACAAGUCCGUCAUACAGAAGCAACGAGAACAGGUCGACAAUUUAGCUGCUACAAUUCUGGAAUCAUUUCCCCAGCUUCUGGGGUUCACGUACAAGUAUAGAAAGUCCGGACAGCCGCAAAUAUCUUUACAGGGAAGAAUGGUUGGACGACUCUUCGCUCUUUUCUCAAUGUGGGUAGUGCAAAAGGCCAGAUUUGCAUCGACUCAGAAAAAGCAGACUGCGUCUGAUGUUGUGGCUUGGAUUAAUAACCGUCAUGGAUUAGACUAG